CACAUGCUUCCUGCUACUCUUAUCCUCAUCUCUCUCCCUCACUAACUCACAAACUCCCACACACACACACCGCCGGCUCUCUCGUUAAUGCAUACCACCAACAAGCCUCCUCCUCCCAUGCCCAUCCACGCUGUCCUCCACCCUCCCAUACGCCUCCCUCCCCCUUCCCUCUCGCCGCCAACUGCGACGGCGAUGGCGUACGCUUCCAAAUGUGGGAAGCUAGUGAUGAUGAGGCAGUUACGCAGGCAGUACUGGAGCUGCAAAGCGAUCAGGAGACGAGUGAGGUACGAAGAAGGAGAGGAAGAAGAAGAAGAGGCGUACGGGCAGAACAAGGAGAUUCCGAUGUUGGAAGCCUACAGUGCCGCGUUCAGGGACGUUGCUCUUUUGGUGCGGGCCGGGGUCGAUGAUGAAGAAGAGUUGGUGCUUAUCUUUAAGGGUUUCUCUUCGAGUUUGAGCUCAAGGACCUCAUCGGAUCCCUCCAAGAGCGUUCUUCCUGGGCGGGCUGUGAUCCAAUCCAUUGAUGUCGUCAAAGGCCCGUUUAACCCAUCCAACAUCGAGUAUUUAGAGAGGGGUUUGACGUGGGAAGACUUCAAGACUCGGCUCCAACCCAACAAAUCAUGAUCCAAGAUCAAACUCAAUGAUGGUCUUAUAAUUAACACCCCCAUGGGUGUGGGGUGCAUUAAUAAGGCACUCAAACAGAAAAUAAGAAGGUAAGAGUUCAAAUUUCAAGAGAAUAAUUUUGAAGAUCGGUCUUUGAGUGAGUGUGCAUCAAUAAUACUUUAGAUUUACUUAAUAGACUAACUAAGGGGAAAAAUCGUUUAUCUAUAGAAUUAGCUAGGCGAAUCUCAAACAUCUAUAUUAUCAAAAAUAAAAAUAAUUGAGGGUCUUGAAGCCUAAUUCUAAUUUUAUUAAUAUUAUUGUAAAUUAGUCAAAAUUUCUAUGGUGACAUCACUGCUCUUAAAAAAACUGGAUCACCCUUUUAAAAUUCUCAAAAUUUCCAAAUUUUAUUAUACAAAUUAUACUAUUAUAUAUAUAUAUAUAUAUAAUAUGAACUUACUUAAAAACCACCAACUAUUUCGGCAAUCAAAUGAUAGAUUUUCAUGACCAAACUAUAGAUUGUUAAUGCAAUAUUUCCUAGGUUAAGGUUGAUCUGGUUGAUUGAGCUUGAAUCGGGUCAAGCUUGAGUCUUGAUGUUUGAGUUUCGAUAUUUGAUAA